AUGCUCUUUCCUUUUAGUGUAGCCGUUGACGAUUGCAUGCUUAGGGCGUUCUUUCAAAUUCUACAAAGAUCAGGCAACGACAAGGUACGCUCUUACGAAACUCGAUUUCAAGGCGUUUCUUGGGAUGAUGACAAUUGGCACCUCACUACGCAGAAAUUGUUUCAAGGACACUACCAAAAUCGAUUGUCCCUAUCGAAUGGUUAUUUGGGAAUCAAUCUUGCGGCCACUGGCCCCUUUUUCGAAGUCGACACUCCGGUAAAUGACGAUGGAAUCAAUGGCUGGCCGCUCUUCAACCGACGACAAACCUUUGCGACGAUUGCCGGGUUCUACAACGAACAGCCCCGGACAAACGGAUCCAACUAUCCCUGGCUAUACCAGUUCGGCGGUGAAAGCACAAUCGCUGGCAUUCCACACUGGGCGGGACUGGUGGUGGAGGCGAAUGGCGCGAUUCUAAAUGCUUCAGUCAAUCCCGACGAACUAGAAGGUUUCUCGUCGACCCUCGAUGUCGGUGCUGCGGUUCUCAGCUGGAGCUACACAUGGAAACCCGGAGGCGAGGGCGAUAUCAGGAUUGAAUACAGCGUAUUUCUCCACAAGCUCUACGUCAACCAGGCUGUGGUCCAGCUCAAGCUUACAACGAGCCGGGAUAUGGAAGUCACGGUUUAUGAUGUGCUGGAGGGAGAUUGUGCCGUCAGGAGCGAGUUCGCUGAUAAGGGAUACGAGACGGAUACUCCAACUAUUUGGUCGGCGGUGAGGCCUAGUGGCAUUAGCAAUGUCACAGGCUAUAUCUACUCUACACUCAAGGGGAACGAGUGUGUCGAUUUGGAGACUCGGGCUCACGUUCCCGACGGGCGUUUUGGACGCAAUCAAUCUUCAAUCGCACAGUCCGUCAGGCUCAGUCUAGUUGCUGGCCAGACUGCUGAGGUGGAGAAAUACAUUGGAAUAGCUUCAUCCGAUGCGUUCGUGGAUCCAAAGGGUGUCGCCAGCAAUGCUUCAAGUACAGGGGCGUCGAAUGGCUUUGUGAAGCUCCUACACACACACAUCCAGGAAUGGAACACCAUUCUGCCGCAGAAUUCAGUCGACAGCUACUAUCUUCCAAACGGUUCCCUUCCCAAUAUUGCGAAUAUUUUGGAGAAGCAAAUCACUGCAGUAACCAACCCCUUCUACAUCCUCCAAAACACUAUCGGACCCAACGCCGUCGCGGCAGCUGGGAAUAAUGCUCGUCUCGAUAUUUACAGCAUUCCUGUUUGCGGUUUAGGAUCUGAUUGCUAUGCCGGACUCAUUUUUUGGGAUGCUGAAGUCUGGAUGGCGCCUGGCUUGCAAGUCUCCCACCCAAACGCCACGAAUCAAAUCGUAAAAUACCGGGUUGAGAAAUAUACACAGGCCCAAGAGAAUGUAAAUGGGGCUUUUGCUUCUUCGCAAAAUCGGACUGGCAAGUUUAGUGCUGGUGGGGCUGUAUACCCUUGGACCAGCGGCCGAUUUGGCAACUGCACAGGCACUGGGCCAUGUUUCGACUACGAGUACCACAUCAACGGAGACAUCGGCCUCUCGUUUUACAACCAGUACGCGGUGUCCGGAGAUGGAGCGUAUUUCAAGGAGAAGCUGCUUCCUAUUCACAACUCCAUAGCGCACUUCUUCAGCGAACUUUUAACGUUCAACGAAAGCUCUGGAUUCUAUGUCCUCACUAAUGCCACCGAUCCCGACGAAUAUGCCAACAAUGUAGACAACGCUGGCUUCACAACCGCCCUCAUCCAAAAUCAUCUCAAUCGGGCUAAUGCGCUCAACCGAUGGUUUGGAGAACCGGUGAACGAGUCCUGGGCAGAGAAGGCAGAGAAGAUACGUCUCCCCGUCAACGAGGAAGCGCAAAUUAUCCUUGAAUACAGCACGAUGAAUGGUUCUAUCUCAGUGAAGCAGGCAGAUGUCAUCCUCAUUGACGAUCUUUUGGACUAUGAGAGCCCGUAUAGUUUAGGAGAUCUCGACUAUUACGCUGCUAAGCAGUCCACCAACGGUCCAGGUAUGACCUAUGGUGUGUUCAGCAUUGUCGCCAAUGAGAUUUCACCUUCUGGCUGCUCAAGUUACUCGUACGACCUAUACGGUAGCCAGCCAUAUGCUCGAGAGCCUUGGUUCCAAUUUUCUGAACAGAUCUUCGAUACGUACGAGGUUAAUGGAGGAACACAUCCUGCGUUUCCCUUCCUCACUGGCAUGGGAGGCGCAAAUCGUGUUGCUGUACUCGAUAUCGAUCCCUCUCUUCCUCCGCAAAUUCCGUACCUCAAUUAUCGAAACAUCUAUUGGCAAGGCCAUGGUAUAAAUCGUCUUCCCGCAGAAGAAUUCACUCUACCAACCGCAAACAAGACCUUUUCCACGCAACCGAUCCCGGUCACCUUAGGUACACGACCGGGGAAAUUCUCCUUAGGCGAAAAGCCUCUAGUUGUCGAGAACCGGUUAAUUGGUCAGACCGACACAGUCGCUGGCAACAUCCUCCAAUGUAAACAGCGCGUCACAUCCAGCUCCCAAUACAUCCCAGGCCAAUUCCCACUUGCCGCUAUCGACGGCGCGACAUCUACAAAAUGGCAACCUGCCUCUCAAGCCGAGACCGCCAUCCUCUCCGUCGACGUCGGACCACCUUACUACCCCAUCAAAGAAGUCCGGUUAGACUGGGGUACCACACCUCCGAACGCAUUCUCAGUCUUUUUCUCAAAUUCCUCAGGCCUGAGCUUCCACAUCUCCGACCUUAUGGCGGAUCCCAGUGAAGUGGUGAAUGUGACGUGGUCCCAGAAAGUCGCACUCUCACAACCAUAUAUUCCGGAACAUGCGUUUGUUAUCGAACCGUAUAUAGGCAAUCAGACGAAUAUUGUGUUGGACGCCCCAGUCUGGAGCGGCAAAUUUGCGCAUUUGUUGGUCCAGGGGAAUCAGAAUAAUGGAUCGAAGGAAGCGCCUGGUGCGACGGUUGCCGAGUGGAGUGUUGUUAGGGAGGGUAGGCUUUUGGAUAUAAAAGGGUAUCCUAUUUAUUGA